GGUAACCCGUACAAAACAAAUCAAGUCUUUUAGGGAAAUAUACUUUUGAAAUCUUACUUAUAAUUUGACUGGUGACAAGUACAGCAAAAUGGCGGCGAUUGCAAGGAUCCAUCACACUCUACGAUAUCCAGCCGUAUUCCGCCGUCAGUUAACUACUCUAUACAACCUAUCCAACAGAUCACUUCAAAGAACUACUAGCAAUCGCAGUGAUGUUUCUCUAACACAUGUAAGAGAAUCAUCCAGUUCCCAGGAUGGAGAGGUCAAGAUGGACAAAUCAUUACUUGGAAAACUUCGUAAAGAAACAGGUUUUGGAUUUUCUAAGUGUCGGGAAGCCUUGGUACUGACAAGGAAUGAUUACGCUGCGGCAGAGGCAUGGUUGCAUGAGCAAGCAGAGAAAGAGGGCUGGCAGAAAGCCAAUAAACUGCAGGGUCGCUCAGCAACAGAGGGCCUAAUUGGAGUGAUAGUCAACCACAGUGACAUGAACUUGGGGGCAAUGGUGGAGGUAAAUUGUGAGACCGACUUUGUGGCAAGAAAUGAGAACUUUGUUGACUUGGUCAACACUGUAACAAGUACAACUCUGGCAUACCGGCGAGGCAUAAUCCAGCGCAAUCAAAAGUUGAAUAUGUUUGGUGAUCAAGUGACGCAUCUCAGGGAAUUCAUCCUAACACAUGAACUAAGUAAUCUCAGAGUGGAACACAACAAUCCCGACUCCAUGCUUUUAUCUGACAUGGUAGCCAAGGUGAUAGGCAAGCUAGGCGAGAAUAUCAAACUAGGUAAAGCUAUAACCAUCACGACUGACUCGGAUAAUGUCAUUGGUAGCUAUGUCCAUGGUCCGUAUGUCACUAAGGUCCAUCAGUGUUCCUUUGGCAAGUAUGGAGCCAUGGUUGCGGUGAAGCCAAUCAAGAAGGGAAUAGACACUAGCUCACUCGCGUUACUAGCUAACAAACUAGCACAGCAUGUGGUGGGAAUGAACCCCAAGGUUAUAGGUCAGGGGGGUGAAGCUGAUGAGAAGGGAGGGGAGAGUGAGGCAUUACUAGAUCAGGAAUAUCUCCUGGAUGGGUCUCUGACAGUAGGGCAGUUUACCGAGAAGGAAGGGGUGCAGGUCGUGGAUUUUGUCAGGUAUGAAUGUGGUGCGAAGUGAGGUGGGAAUGUUGGAUAAAGAUAAUUCUUGUAUUUUGCACUGUGGAUUGCCAGUAAAGUAUGUGUUGGAAAUGUUUAAUGGAAGUAUCCAUUUAUGGCAAUAAACAGAUGAGCUUA